GAAAGCACCCAGCGGAGUUGCCAGCGGCCUUUUCCCCCUGCUAAAGCCGACAUGGCCACCUUCGCCAUGGAGGCGCCGCCCGCGGGAGCUGAGCCAAUGACUCUUGGCUCCCCGACAUCUCCAAAACCAGGAGCUAGUGCUCAGUUUCUUCCUGGAUUCUUGAUGGGUGAUUUACCUGCACCAGUGACUCCACAACCACGUACUUUAAGUGGCCCUUCAGUUGGUGUUAUGGAAAUGAGGUCUCCACUACUUGCAGGAGGAUCUCCCCCACAACCAGUAGUCCCUACACAUAAAGAUAAAAGUGGUGCUCCACCAGUUAGAAGCAUAUAUGAUGAAUUAUCUAGUCCUGGACUUGGAUCUACACCUCUAACCUCAAGAAGACCAGCCAGCUUUUCUUUAACACAGAGCCCACUGGUUGGAACUAUGCCAUCAACCCCUGGAACAGCUUCAGGCAUGUUCAGUCCUGCAAGUAUUGGGCAACCUAGGAAGACUACUCUAUCUCCUGCUCAGCUAGAUCCUUUUUAUACUCAAGGUGGUUCCCUGACUUUAGAAGAUCACCUUGAUGACACAUGGGUAACUGUAUUUGGAUUUCCUCAAGCAUCAGCUUCAUAUAUUCUUCUACAGUUUGCUCAGUAUGGAAACAUAUUAAAGCAUGUGAUGUCCAACACAGGAAACUGGAUGCAUAUUCGAUAUCAGUCUCAGCUUCAAGCCCGGAAGGCCUUAAGCAAAGAUGGAAAAAUUUUUGGUGAAUCUAUCAUGAUUGGUGUAAAGCCUUGUAUAGACAAAAGUGUGAUGGCAAACUUUGAAAGAAGCUCUACAUCUUCAGUGUCUUCAGUUUUCACUCCACCUACAAAAUCUGUCAGCACACCAGUUCAACCUGCAAAUAAUACUACAAGGAUCUCUACAAUGAGACCUCUUGCAACAGCAUAUAAAGCUUCCACUAGUGACUAUCAGGUGGUUUCUGACAGACAGACUCCUAGGAAAGAUGAAAGUAUUGUAUCUAAAGCAAUGGAAUACGUGUUUGGCUGGUAAUAAGUGGAAGUGACACCUGAAGUAUGCUACUGGCAUCUGUGGUUAGUUGUAUAACUAUUGGUGGCAGUAUUUUAAUUUACAUCUCACCUCUUAUGCAUUCAGUUAAUUCAGCAAACAUGUAGCUUGCACUUUAAGUGAUGGUAAAAUACACGGUUUUAAAGCUAAGUGAGUGUAAAUACAAGUGCUUUUUUCCCAUUUGUGCUCUGAUUGCAUGAUUGUAGAAAAAAUAUUACCACUGACUUAUCCUCAGUAGUUACUUUCUGUGAAUUACUUCCCAGUAAACUUGGAAAUGUUUAAAAUGGCAAUUUUAUUUACUGAUCCUUUUUAUUUUUUUUGUUUCUGGGAAGAUGAUGCUCUACUUGCAGGAAGAACACUAUGCACAGGGACAGGCUCUAUCCUUAGUAUGUGUGAUUUUAAUGUUUUUGUUAGGAUUCAUUGAUGUUUUAUAAUUAUCUGUGGUGUCAUGUUCUCAAUGGCAGAGCAACCAUUUACUUUAACCCUGGUAUCAAUGAUGGGUGCUUGCAAAAUCAGCAGAUCUGUACAGUCCCACACAGCACAAACCAUUGCUUUGGUGUAAUGUGUUCCUGAUGAUGUUAUUGGUAAUUACAUGAGUUUUCUGUUUGUUAACUCUGUACCUGCUGCUUUGCAAUAAGGAAGAUUUUGAACUGUAGCUGGGUAUGAUUUGCAUUAAAACCAAAGUUACAGACCAGCUGGUGAUAUGUAACAUACUCAUGAAACUAGGUUCUGGUUUCAGUUGUAUGGUUUAUUUUAAGACUGUGGACUACAUUUUUCAGAGGAUUAUGGCUUUAUUUUAAAAUAAAACUGUCAUGAAUACUUGU